UCCAGCAGCAGAGACGGCCGGGGAUUGCCCGGGCACCGGCCCCGGCGAGCUGGCGUUGGGUUUGUUUUCCACUCCCCUGGCGCUCGCUGUGUGAAGCAAAUCCCUUGGAGGUGGGGGAGAAGCGGCUUCCGUGACAGCGGAGGGAGGAGGGAAAUAAAAUAAAAUAAAACAAACCAAAAUAAAAAGGGAGAAGAGCCAGGAAAGCACUUGCUUCUCAUCAUCUCUCAGGGAGCAAAGCCAACUCUGCUCUUCUUAUGACCCUCUGCUGCAGGGAGCAAAGGGAGAGAAGGUACUGGGGGGCACCUCCUAACAAAGCAGGGUUCAGGCUGCCGGGACCCCCUCGCUACCCGGGGCAGCAGCAGCCUGCGGGAGGUGCGAGGAGGUAGGGAAGGUUGCCAAGGUGAACCCAGGCACAGUCAAACCGAAGCUCCACCAAAAGCAAGGAGCAGGAAUGAAAGUUUCGAAAUAGCAUCCAAAGAAGCGCCAAGGACCGGACCGAGCAGAGCUCUCCGCCUCGCAUCAGCCCUCGAUGGUGCAUCCGAGGCGCUGCGUCAGGGAUGUGAACGUCCCCUGCCCGCUGCAUGGAGAGGGGUAAAGGCACAGAAAAGCUUUGUUAUUUAUUUAUUUAUUGGAAGCAAUGUAUGGGUGACACCCAGAAGGCAUCUGAGCCCUGAAAAAAACCAAACCACCUCUGGACCCAAAGGAGAACAAGAAGAAUGAGACAGCAGCCUUGACCCCUACACUGAGAGGAAGGUGAGCAGAAAGAAAGAAAGAAAAUACAGAAAAGCCAUGCAAGCACCAAACCUGUAGAUUACUGCAGGUUUUUUUUUGCUUCACUGAGGACAAAUAUUUUGCUGACAACCAUGCAGCAUAAAGGCAUCAUGCUGAUUGUUUUCUUGGAAUAUUUUAUUUCUGGCCGUGGGGAAGCAGACCCCACAAGACCGCGAGCCUUCCGCUGCAAUGGCCGUGCCUGCAACCCUCCAGUGGGAAACCUUGCGGCAGGGAGGACACCAGUCACCCUCACCACGUGUGGCCAGAACAGCACGGAGCUGUACUGCUCCUACCCGGACCACAACCUCCUGCACCGCCCCUCCCGCGGCUGUGGGCAGCCUCGCUGCACCAAGUGCAACGCCAACCAGCCUGACAACUCCCACCUCCCUGCUGACAUGACGGAUGAUUUCUUUGCAAACCCCAUCUCCUGGUGGCAGUCUGCCCAAGGGGUACACAGGGAAGAAAUCCGACUGGACUUUGAAACAGAAUUCUACCUGACCCACGUCAUCGCUGUGUUCAAGUCACCUCGCCCAGCUGCAAUGGUGUUGGAAAGAUCCCAGGAUUACGGGCAGACUUGGAGGCCCUACAAGUAUUUCUCUGUCAACUGUACAGCUACUUUUGGGCUCCAGGAUGAUCUCAUUGAGGAAGGCUCCAUGUGCACUUCCAGGUAUUCAGAUGCAGUGCCCUGCACCAGAGGAGAGGUGAUUUAUCGUGCCUUAAGUCCAGCUAACAAGAUCGAGGACCCCUAUAGUCCUGAGGCUCAAGAUCUCCUGAAACUCACCAACCUCCGCCUCCUUUUGUUAAAAAGACAGGAAUGUCCAUGCCAUGGUUCAGGAUUGGUAGAGAAACCUCAGAGGUUUGCCCACUAUGCUAUUUAUGACCUAAUCGUCCGGGGAAGCUGCUUUUGCAAUGGGCACGCAGAGGAAUGUGAGUUGGUCAACAGGACAGGAGUCGUGGAGAACAUGGUCCACGGGAAGUGUGUCUGCAGGCAUAACACAGCAGGAGACCACUGUGAGAAAUGUGCUCCCCUGUACAAUGAUCAGCCUUGGAAGCCAGGAGAUGGAAAAACAGGGGCCCCAAAUGAAUGCAGAAAGUGUCGCUGUCACAACCACGCCGAGAGCUGCCACUUUGACCUGAGUGUUUGGUUGGCAUCAGGAAAGCGCAGUGGGGGAGUCUGUGACAACUGCAAACACAACACAGAGGGACAUCGGUGCCAAAGGUGCAAACCAGGGUAUUACCGAGACAGGGGGAAACCCAUGUCCUCUGCAGAGGUCUGCAAACCCUGUGCCUGUCAGCCCACGGGUUCAGCCAACACAACGUUCAGCAGCAGCUGGAGGUGCCACCCCCGGACGGGAUUCUGCUACUGCAAACCAGGCGUGGCGGGUCCCAACUGCGACAGGUGCCUCGUGGGCUACUGGGGCUUCGGAGAAAAUGGCUGUCGCCCCUGUGACUGCGCCAGAGACUGUGACCAGCACACUGGACGCUGCUUCAACAGCUAUGACAGUGAACCAUUCUUUAACAUCCCCAUUGGGGGACGAAUCCCUGACCUUGUCCAGUCACCAACCAAUGAGAGUGAAGAGGAGUGGAAAUGGAACGACCACGAGCAGGGAUUUUCUGCACUGAGGCACCCAGAAAAGUGUGUGUGCAAAGAAAAGGUGCUUGGGAGCGUCGCUGACUUCUGCCAAAUGAAAUAUGCCUAUGUGAUAAAAGCAAGAAUCCUCUCUGCUCAUGACAAAGGGACCCAUGCAGAAGUUGUUGUGAAAGUGAAGAAGGUCCUGAAAUCCGGCAAAGUGAAAAUUGCUCGGAGCAACAGAAGCAUUUACCCAGAAUCCUGGACCAACAGGGGCUGCACAUGUCCCAUUCUCAAUCCUGGUACCGACUACCUUAUAGCAGGCCAGGAGGACUCUAGGACUGGCAAACUCCUUGUAAACAUGAACAGCCUGGUGAAGCCCUGGAAGGCCCAUUUGGGAAAACAAGUAUCAGAUAUUCUUCGAACUGGGUGCAAAUAAUUUCUGCUUCAGAAGUUACAGCGCUGGACUUUGCCCUUUAGUAACACUGCAGUGAAAGGUGUAGUUAGUUCAUGUGUUUUCACUCAACAUGCUCCUAGCUGAAGUGAUGAAAGCACACUUGCCAUCUCUUCUCCUUUCAUAUACUUAGACAGGAAACUCAGGACAUGACCACUUUUUUCAAAAAGUGCACAGCCUUAUCAUACAAAAUUAUUUAGUGCAUCACACAUAGGUUACAAGUCAGUUCUUAACUUGAACCUGAUUCCACCCAGAGAAUCAUUUUACAAGGCAAAACUAAAGAUGUGGAUUAGUGUUUCCAUACUUCAGGUCAGAGUCUGACAUUAAUAUGUGUAAACUGCUUACAUAAUGCAUUCAUUACUGGGAUAUAGUUUUCUUUAUAAGUGACCACUAAAAGGCAGCAAUUUCUUUAAGCUUUACAAGUGGCAUAAUACUAAACAAGAAUAUCAAAUAAACGUAUUUAAAAGAGCUCAGACUGAUUUAACAUCAGACUGCAAUUAUGCCAGUAUAACAGGUUGCUUUCUAGAAGACAAUAUUAUCCCUUUGCUGAACAGAAACCAACGUGAUUUAUCUUGGGACAAUGUCCUUUACAGAUGUGUAUUUGCUAUCACCAAUGCUUAGUGCUGAGCUCUGCUGCAGAAACCACCUGGGUUCAAACUCUAUUCCAAAUCCAGCUCUUUGCUGUAGUACAUUAGUCUGUAACACCACAGAGAUUUCACAGCAAUUACCACAAAGAAAGCCUCAAUGCUAGGAAGAAGUCAAAACGUGAGGAACUAGCAGCUGCUCUAAUGUUGAGAUUGUAACACCACGAAAGUUACAAAGCAGGACGUAAAUGGAUUGGCUGGUCCACGUAUUAAAUGAGGUAGAUACAGUUCUGUGAGAGCAACCUGCCUAUUCCAACUGUGCUCAAGACCACUGGCCUUUGAUUGCACUUAGUGCUUUCAUUGUGCUUCAUUUCUCUUGGUCACACUUAGGCUAAGAUACUGAAGUUGUGCUUCCUUCCCGUUGUGCCUGAGAAUUAUUUCUCCCUCCACAGAAGUACAGGAGUGCUAAUAUCUGCACUCCAGGUAAAAUUAGUUCUGUUCUGCAAAAGUAUUCUUUCUAAACCAAUUUCACCCUACCCUAUAGUAAGCAAGAGGUAGCUACUUAGAUCCUUCCCUAACACAACAUUUUGAGGAAAUUGUAGUUUAAAGACCUGCGUCCCCUGUUGAAGGACCCACAAUGAAGUUUAAGGAUUAAAGGAAGCUGGUUGGAGCACGCUGUCUUCAAGCAAAGCAGAAAUUACAAUGAAUCAAUCUGUAUUCUUUCAGGGGAGUUACAGAGAAAAAGCAAGCACACAUGCUACUUUUGCAUAUUUCAAUUCCAUGUUUAUAAUUUUUAAUCCUCCUAGGUAAGAGAAGAUGUGUUAAUUUAGCACUGUCUGGCACAUGGAGUAUCUAGAAAACCCCAAUACUAAUGAAGAAAAAUGGAAGUCCCAGCCUACAACUUAGACCACCAGUUUGUUCUCCUUAUUACUUGGAACCUGAAAAAAGAGCUUCUUUCAUUCUCUUUAUUGCUGGUUUUGGAAAUGGAUUAUAAGCAGAUAUUUACAAAAGAAAAGCCCUACUUUCUUCCCCAACAGUGUAUAAACAGUGUUUCUUCCUCCUUCCUUUUCAGGAAAUUUCCCCUCCUCCAUUCCUUUCCUUCUUUCACUUCAUUAUUUAUUAGUUGUUACCUAAAGUGGUAUCCAGCAGUGUGGCAUCUCCAACAAGCCAUUUAAUUAAUGCAAUAAAACACUUUUUAACCAAGGAACUUGGCAGAAUUUGAAAUGUCAGUUUACUGAAAUUAGAACAGCAACUGCUUUCUUUCCUGCCUCCAGAAAUUGUCUCACAACAAAAAGACUGACUAGUUCUCUUUAAAAUAUCAAUAAAGACAUGAACAUGAAUUUUACAGUCUGUUCUCAAGGGCCUCUCAAAAUAAAUGAAAUUCAAGUGUGUUUAGAACUAAACUAAGGAAUGUUCUUUUCAACAGAGGCCAUGCUACCUGCAGGGGAUCUUAUUUAAUGAUGAUGAGGAUAUCCCAUGUUGCAAACUCUCCUAUUCCACUUUUUGUGCCAGACUGGUGAUUUUGUGGGGAGGGUAAACAUCUGCACAGUUCCUCUCUGUGGAUGAAAAUUAUUUUCUGACAUGGUCAUUUACAAGCAUUACUAGCUGCUGGUAGUAGAAAUACUAACUGGAACAAGAAUAUUGAUACCCUGGUGUGUUCUCUCAGGGCCUAGGAUAACACAGUGAUUAAUGAUUACUUAGUAGCCAUUAAUCACUGCAUUUGUAUGCAAACAAGAUAGACAUCAAUAUAUCCUAUAUUUCAGAUAUCUCAAAAGUAGGCAAUAUGUACACACUUUUCUCUAAAGCUGACUGCAAGUUGACUUUUUUAUUGCUGUCGCUACUUCUGCUAAUCAGGCAUCUCUGAGUUCACAGAGAAGAAAAAUAAAAGAACAAAGUUUCAACUCACACAGAGCUAUUAUAUGCAGUCUUUGUUCUGCAGAGCUACAGUCCAGGGAGCCUGCCUGAAAAUAAGAAUCUAAAUAGAAAUGAACCACACAGAUCAAAUUAUAACAGCUACUGCUUACAGAAGAGAUGAGAAAGUUUAAAUUGAUCGCUAUUAGACAUUGGAAAGGAAAAAAGUUACUUUCUGGUGUACUAGUACGUGGAGUGAAAUGAAAUGAGUAUGAAACAGUUCAAGAUGGCAACUGUCCUCCUGCAGAAGCUGUUAUGUACUUCUCAGAACAAGCCAGCAAGUCAUACAUGGUAAAUUAAAAGAACUACCAUAGAAGGCAUGGUAUCCCUGUAUCAAAAAAGAUUGGAUCUGUGUACACCAUCCUUGUGAUCCUCCCUGUGACUUUGUGUCUUAGGUGGCACAGUAAUACAAAGAAUACUACUGUGGAAAAAAAGGAUGAAUUUGGUCAGUACAAAGUGGCUGGGCAGCUUCUUUUAAAAUGUGUGAACUGGAGCCUGUCUAUCAGGAGGCCAUAUGAACCCUCUACAGCACCCUAACAGACAAGGUGGCUCACAAGUAUAGCAACCACAUACCAAAAAGCAGCAAUGAUCUAUCAUUUGGAAAUCUUGCAAAAGGAUGAAAUAAAAGCCUUUACUCACAAGACGAGGAGUCUGGAAAACUGAGGAAAAUUUCUUAAAAGGGCAGGUGAUAGCUUGAAGCAGCAGGACAUGUAACUGUUCAGAAAGCAGCAAACUCAGGAUUGCAGAGGUCAGUGCCGCUCUCGGUAACAGCUGUGCAGCACAUGUGUCCAUGAAUACGUGAUCCUUCUGGCAGUGUGGAUCCUUGAAGCAUCAAAGUAGUUCAUUAAAUGCUCAUUGUGAGUGCUGAGCCCUAACUCCAACAUACUGACAUAUUGCUAAUAAUGCUUCUCCAGCUUCUGCUCUGGGCAAGCAGUGAAGAAGGAGAAUGUACCUAUGCACAACCUUUGUGCACUGCUCCUCCGAGAGGGACUCACUGCUAUAAAGAGUAAGUUUUCUCUGUAGCAUUUAGCAUGUCUCAUAAUUUUUUUCCAUGCUGCUUGAUGCAAGCUUCUUUUUAAUUGAUAUAAUUCACAUAAUGUGCUCCCUCAAGUCCCCCAGACGUGGAAAAGUUAGUGUGUUCCUUGUUAUGUGUUGUAGCACUUUUUAUUUUUUAAUUAAAACUUCCAAUUAAAAAUAUUCAGAUACUUAAA